CGACGGGCAGCCGUCCAAAAACCGCCCAGCGCGUCCACUACACAGCGCUGACAUCCGAGUGCCGCGGAUUAGUUUUCAAACAGCUGCGACGCGACAGCACCCAUGGCCGAAAUUGCGUCCGCUACGAUGCCGGCGGGCGAGAUGCCCAAGCCCAGGCGGCAGAAGAAAGUUUUCAAACCGCCGUCGGAUGCGCAAGUCUGUAAGACCAAGGUCCGCUCCCCCGUGUACCUGGAUGUGCGCGCCUUCGAAAAUUGGAGCGAACGCGCUCAACGCACGGCCGCGGCGACGUCGCUCGACGCCGCUGGAGCUCCUCGGCCGGAUACCGCCGCUUGACACCGCUCGCCGCCGCAUGACACACCACUCGCACCUCAUCAGUCGCCUCCGCGCAGGUGUCGAUCGCGCGGCGCCUCGUCAAGGAGGUCGCGCACUACGAAGCCGAAACCAAAAAGGACGAGGCGCGCGUCGAGGCCAUGCGCGCCGACCCGACCAAGGACGAGUACGACGUGAAGAAGAUGCUCGAGGUCGUCGAGGAGUCGAGGAUGAUGAUCCCCGACGCGACGCGGCGCCUGGGCGAGGCCAUCAACGAGCUCUUCUCCUUCAUCGAGGAACACCACGCAACGACGGAGGUCCUCGAGUGCGAGUCGUACGCCGAGGCGACGGCGUUGCUCGAGAAGUACGACGACAUGGUCACGGACUGAUAAGUCAACUUUUGUUCUGAAUUGAUUCGUUCGAGGCCCGGUCCCGGAGAUGGUCCC